UUUCGGCAUCUUUCAGAAAUCUUAGGGCGUCUUUCUAAUUUGCCCAAAGCGUGGAGUUUGAAGAGAGAGAGAGAGAGAGCGCGCGGGCUAUGUUGAUGCGGCGAUUGCAGGAAUCAUCAAUGGCGGCUCUAUCUUUGUGUCGGCAUCCAUGUCCUUCUACACCUUCAUGCUUAAUCUCAACUAAAAUCCCAGUCACUGCUCUCAGUUCGGUUUCUCUGGGCUUUUACCCUAGAAUUUUCGCCCUCUCCUUUUGCUCCGACUCCACUGGCCAAGAUUCCUCCAAGCAAGUAAGAUAUACGGUGUCUAUCUAUCUUUGUUCUUGCAUGGUGAAGUAUUGCUAGAUCUCUAUGGACGGAGAGACCUUUGAAACCUGGAUUGUAUCUGGUUGGAACACCAAUUGGAAAUCUCGAGGAUAUCACGUUACGGUGACCAAAACUGACAAAUUUAAUGGAAUUUGAAGGGGCCCUGCGGGUCUUAAGAUCUGCCGAUAUGAUACUUUCUGAAGAUACAAGGCAUUCAGGGAAGUUGCUUCAGCAUUACAAUAUCAAAACUCCUCUUCUUAGUUAUCAUAAAUUCAAUGAAUCUCAGCGAGAACAAACAAUUUUGAAGAAGCUAAGACAAGGUGAAAUUGUGGCCCAAAUAAGUGAUGCAGGGACUCCAGGCAUUAGCGAUCCAGGCAUGGAAUUGGUAAAGUUAUGUGUUAGUGAGAAUAUUCCUGUUAUUCCUAUACCUGGGCCUUCAGCAUUGGUAGCUGGCCUUUCUGCCUCAGGUUUGGCCACUGAUGAAUUCACAUUUGUUGGAUUUCUGUCUAAACAUGCUGGAUCAAGACGAGAGAGGCUGAUUGUUUCUGCAAAUGAGAAAGCAACACAGAUUUUCUUUGUCCCUCCUCAUAAGCUUUGUCAAUUUAUUGAAGAAGCCUCUUAUCCUUUUGGUGAUCAGAGACGAUGUGUUAUAGCUCGGGAGAUGACAAAAAUACAUGAAGAGUUUUGGCGUGGUACAUUGGGAGAAGCAAAAGAAACAUUUCCAACUCGCCAGCCAAAGGGAGAAAUCACAAUCUUGAUUGAAGGAAAGGCAAAUGACAUGGUUGAAACUCCAUCUGAGUCUCAGCUUGAGAAGGAACUGCAAGAGUUGGUCUCUGCAGGGCAUAGUCUUUCUAUGGCGGUCAAGUUGGUAGCAGAAGGAACAUCUGUGAGAAGAAAGGAUGUAUACUCACUUGCGUUAAGGAAAUUCAGGAAGCAAGUUGACACCGUGGAAGAUUGAUACAAUAUGAUGUGUUCUUCGACUCUAUAUGCAAUUGGGCUGCAGACACCAAGUAAUUGGGAUUGAGGCGCAGUCCACUUGUUUGAGCACAAUCUCUUGUGAUCGGAUGCCUGAUUCUCCUUGACAACAGUCCAUUAGCAUCUGGUUCUAUGUAUGGUGGGCAUAUACUGGGACGUAAAUACAUGACAAAUGCGAAGCAUAGGAGACCGUGUGGCCUCUAGGACAAGCAACCUUUAAUGCUGAGCCGUUGGUUGUUGGAUUUCACCAGAAUUCUGUUUCUGAUGCAAGUUGGAGAAGCAGGCAGAAGGGAAGGAAGCAGGUGAUAUGGUUCCAGGGCAGCACUAGAGCAGAAAACUCUACUUGGGCCUUGCUAGUGUCAAUUUCCUCUGCUUCUUUAUGAUGUCAUAGCCUGCCUGUCUUUCUUUUAUUAAAGUGGAUGAAUUGAUACUAUUUGUUGGAUUUUAUGCGUUUUGUUGCGUUCUUCUUAUUUAUAUAUUUCCAGCUCUUCCCCUCGA